AAAAUUGUAGUAGUUAUGGCAUAUGAAGAAACUUGGAGACCAUUUCCUCCACUUUUACAAGCAGCACUUGACUCGAUCUUACCUUCAGACUAUAUGCUAGGUUCGAGAAUCUUAAAGUGCUUUACUGAUGAAGCCAACCAAAUUGCGACUCAAUCAAGAUUCUUUCCUCCAGCUUCCACCUUUAGGAAACUUAUCACCCUAAUGUUGAAAGAGCAUUCUUCCAACAACUGUUCAUUCUUGUUUCAAGUUCUUAUUGCCUUGAAAGAAUAUUUCUGUAGAAUUCCUGGUUAUGGAUGGGAAAGGUCUCCGUUCGCUCUAGAUGACCGUUUGGAAUCCGUUCUGCAUCCCUUCCAUCUGAUGGGUUUCGACUCUUCUACUUGUCAGUGUCCGUCACUGCGUCCUUUUGCCUUUUUAAAGGCUCUCAUUCAGGCAUUGAAGGAAAAUCAUUGUCAACUGCUAGAAUUGACCCAAUAUUUCGACAGUGACUCUUUAGAAGAAGGCGAUUUCGUUGAUGACGAAGAUAGUGAUGCGUUUAGUCUGCAAAUGGCAAAUUGUGGCAAACAGUCAUGGAAAGAUGGUAUUUGUCAGAUAUUGCGAUAUUUUUUGGUUGUCCUGGAAGACCCAAAGGCUUGCAAAGCAUUUUAUUUAGAUGCCUCACCAAAUAAUCGCAUCGGUGAAGGAAAAACCUGUAUAUUUCGAUAUUGUUUGCCAUAUCUCGUGGCAACCUUAAGUAAUAAUGAUGAGAAAGCUGCAUCCAUCAUCCUGGAGCUUUGUUUGCAGCUUUCCAAAAAGUUCAACAAGGAAUGGGACAUGGCCUACAUUGAAGAAUUAACUAGAAGAAUGUUAGUAUUCCAUCAACCAGAACCUUGGAGAUUAUUUCUUUGUGGUAUAUCAGACCUUCAACUUCGAAUGACUGUUAUAGAAUUUGUGCUCAAGUCUACAUCGCCUCUGCAUUCUUUUGAGAUAUCACAAUUGAAUGUGAAUUCUAGUCAACGUUACAUUCCUCAGCUAGUAAAAUGGAUAGAAACCAUUCAGGUGAAAGAAAACCCAGAUAUUCACAUAGAUGAAGAGUUUGAAUUGUUAUUUCUUUUCAUUUAUCAAUUAUUAGAUUCAUUUAAUGUUCUCGUUCAUUUAUAGAGUCGUUUUUUCAUUUGAAGCGCCUUUGCGAAGAGUACAAGAGUCUGAAUGA